UUUAUCACUCCAGGUGGCGAGUCCGGCUCAGCAGAUACGGCUCGAGACCCACGAGGCUUCGCUGUGAAAUUUUACACAGAGGAAGGAAAUUGGGACUUAGUCGGCAAUAACACACCAAUUUUCUUUAUUCGUGAUCCAAUCCAAUUCCCUAACUUCAUCCACACUCAAAAGAGAAACCCGCAAACACAUCUGAAAGAUAUGGACAUGAUGUGGGAUUUCUGGGGACUUCGACCCGAAUCCACGCAUCAGGUGAUGUUCUUGAUGUCGGAUAGAGGAACUCCUGACGGGUUCCGUUUCAUGAACGGCUAUGGCUCUCACACCUUCAAGAUGGUCAACGAAGAGGGAGAACCGGUUUAUUGUAAAUUCCACUUCAAGGCACAAAAGAUCAAGAAUCUUUCUGCGGCCGAUGCUGCUCGUCUUGCUGGCGAGGAUCCAGACUUACGCGAUUCGCGACCUGUGAUGACAUUCGAGCAGGCUGAGAAAUGGCCGAUGAAUCCAUUUGACGUCACCAAAGUCUGGCCUCACGGUGAAUUCCCAUUGAUUCCCGUUGGUACCAUGACCCUCAACAGAAAUCCGAAGAAUUAUUUCGCUGAGUGUUCUCUGACCGCCUACAAAGGCAAAAGUCGUAGCCGCCUCCAAACUAGUCAUCCAAGAACGGCUUACUUAAGGAAAAAUGUUGCCCCAUUAUUCGGCAGCGUGUUAAACAAUGAGGAACGAGAUCGGCUUGUCGAAAACAUCUUCUCGACGAUGAAGGAUUGCAAAUCGUUCAUUCAAGAUCGUGCAAUUCAGAAUUUCGGAAAGGUACAUCCGGACUUUGGCAACAAACUUCGAAAGAAGAUUGACACCUACAAAGCCAGCAAGGAAGCUCGUCCACACAUCUAA